AUAGCUGCUCUCCUUACUGAGGAGUCGGCAAGAGCGCAUAAAAGUGUCGUGUUUAAACUCUACAAAACGCACUUUCAUGUAAAAGUAUAGCAAGUAGAAAAGUGUAUUAAAGUGACAUUUGACACAAGUAGAAAAGUGUAGUAAAGUAACAUUUGACGCCUAAUGUUCGCUGUCAGUUCACAUCCUCAAGUAUGGAGUCCAGCCAAAUGAGUGAGUCUCGUUAGCUAGUUAGCUCUAGUUAGCCAGUUAGCUGUAGUUAGCUGUAGUAGAUGUUGGCACACAAGAAGACUGAAGUUGUCUGUGAAAUAAGAACCUUCAAGUCUUUUGCGGCGAUGGAAGAAAGUGUGUGGACAACGACCAUCAUCAUCAGCACAUCACUGCAGAGCCACGACACGCUCAGGAUGCUCAGAGCUCAGCAGCACAGAAUCCGACUGUCAGACGGCGUUGAGCGUGGAACCUUCAUUUUUCCUCUCGCUGGUGUUGCGUUCAUGCUGGUGGAGCCUCAGCAUUUGCCCGAAAAUGUGGAAGAGUCAGGACUUAUUGAGCAAAUAAAGAAGUUUGCGCAGGUCCACCGGAAUUGCUUUGUGCUGCUCUAUGCUCCUUUCAAUGGGAAGAGGGAAACAGACACACUGUCUCUCAUUCAGCAAAGCUUCUUGGGCAGCAACCCCAGGGUGUUGCCCGUGCGAAACAACACAGAGAUUCUCAAAGGAAUGCUGACCAUUGCAAAGGCCACAAGCAAGCCUCAUGUAGAGCGUAUCCAGGACCACAUGGCUCAGGCUCGCACACACAUCCUUGAAAGAAGCUCCGUGUGGGACAUGCUCAAACACUCCAUCUAAACUUCUUGUUAUUGUUUUAUUGCUCACACAAAUAAAGCAGUUGUUGGGGGAUCUUUUCCUCUGUGCGGACAA